GCUACAAAAUUUACUUGCGUGUACAAAAAAAAAUAAAAAAAAAAUAUGGCAACGUCUACUGAAUUGACACAAGUGACGUGGAAUGUUUUUUAUAAAUAAUAUCAUAUUUUUAGAUAAUAUUUAGGCACUAUUUUAAUCAUCAUCAAUAACAUGAUGAUUACCUUGCAGAUGAUUGCAACCUUUAUUCUCAUAUUUACUCUACUUUUUAUAUCUGGAUUUUGUAUUAUAUUGUACAUAAUAACAUCACCAUAUCCAAAUGUCAUCAGGCACAAGGAUGAAAAAUAUUAUACUGAUGGUAAAAAUGGAGAGAAAAAAUUGUUUCCAUCAUUAAAUGAGCCUUCCAGUAUACACCUGAGUGUUAUUGUUCCAGCCUACAAUGAAGAAGAAAGACUUAUUCCAAUGUUAGAUGAAGCCAUUGAAUUUUUAGAAAAACGUAAAAAAUCAAGUUUCAAGUAUGAAAUUAUUAUUGUCAGUGAUGGAAGCACUGAUAAAACAAUUGAUGUUGCACAAAGUUAUGCAAAUAAAUUUGAGUCUGUCAGGGUACUUGGUUUAGUGAAAAAUCGUGGUAAAGGUGGAGCUGUUAGACUUGGUAUGCAAAGUGCACGUGGUAGUGUUCUUCUUUUUGCUGAUGCUGAUGGUGCAACAAAAUUUGGUGAUAUUGAAAAAUUAGAAGACAGUCUUCAACAAAUUCUUGGAUAUGAUUAUAAAUUAAAUCCUGAUAAAGUAGCCAAUGCAGAAGCAGUUGUUUGUGGCUCACGAGCACAUUUAGAAAAAGAUGAAACAGCAAAAAGAUCAUUUUUUCGUUUAUUUUUAAUGCAUGGUUUUCAUUUUCUUGUUUGGGCAUUAUGUGUACGUGGAAUAAAAGAUACACAAUGUGGAUUUAAAUUAUUAACACGUUCAUCAGCAAAAUGUUUAUUUGAUGCACUUCAUGUUGAACGUUGGGCAUUUGAUGUUGAAAUGUUAUAUAUUGCACAAAAAUUAAAUAUUCCACUUACUGAAAUUGCUGUCAAUUGGAUGGAAAUUGAAGGCUCUAAAAUUGUACCAUUUUGGAGUUGGUUACAAAUGGGCCGUGAUCUUGGUCUCAUUUGGUUGAGAUAUAAAAUUGGUGCUUGGAAAAUUUAUAAAUAUAAAAAAUCUUAAUUUAAAUAUUAAUUAAUAAAUUUUUAAUUAUAUUAAAAUAGUGAGAGUAAAAGUUUAAAAACAAAAAUAUAUUAUUGAUUUUAUAAAAAUAUAAAAGCAAUCUCUUGAUUCCAAAUAAUUUACAUAAUUUUUAUCUGCAUUUAUGUCUGUAUUUUAAUGAGACUAUAUUUACAACAAAACAAAACAAAAUAAA